AACAGGUGAAGGUGUGUUUACAAAAUUAAAAAAAAAGUAUUUCGCAAUUUGGAUGCAAAAUUCAAUUAUAGAUAUUACGCAGAAUAAAAGGAUUAUGUAUUAAAUAGUGAUAAUUUGUGUACGACUUAACUCAUUUUAUAGAAAAUGGACAGACGCUCACGAUAUGAGGAGCAUCGACGAAACGGCAAAGACCAGUAUCACCGUGAUAACAAUUCUUACGACAACCCAGGCUACCACAGGGAAGGCAAUGAUGGAUAUAGGCCAACUGAUUAUAGACAAAAAGACUAUUUAAACCAAAAUUUUAAUGUUUGGGAUCCUAAAACUUUCCCUCAACCACAUCAUGGAUAUCCAGCUAGUCAGUACUAUUGGGAAAAUCAGAGAGCAGGUUCCGAUCAGCAUUUUCACGGAACUAUAUCUUCAGAUUCAACAUCAGAAACGAAGUCUCGGAAAGCUAUAGCAAUUGCUAUAGGAAUAGGACUUUUAAUAGUUGUCGGCGGUGCAAUAGCUGUAGCUGUUUAUUUUACUAGUCUUACUGAUGUUCAGAGAACGACUGUCUCGACAAUACCAACAACGACACCUGUUCCACCUCAGGAGCUGGUGUUUCAAGGAAACAUAACAAUUGAUAAGAACUGGAAUGACGAUUUGAAAAACUCUUCUUCGCCUAUAUACAAACAGAAAGCAGCAAAUGUUUCAAAUAUGAUAGACAAAGUCUACCAGUCUAGUGACCUAAAAGAUAUAUAUAUACGAAAUGAGGUUGAAGGCUUUAGACAAGGUAGUACGGAGGUAAUUAUUGAUAUCAUCUUCAAGAACCCUGCAGUAGUCAAAGAAGAUGUUUCAAUUUCAACAGCAGCGCCACCUGUUGUGAAGUUGGAUAACAAAAAGAUUGCAGACACAUUUGUUGAAAGUCGUGUCGUGGAAGAGUACAAUGAUGUUUUUGAUAUUGACACAAAUACAGUCUCAUUUGCUGAUAUCACACCACCAGCCACAACAACUUCACAAACAACAACACCAACAGCGACUACCACAGCACCAACUACUACUUCACCAACUACUACAGUACCAACUACUACUACACCAGCUACUACAAUACCAACUACUACUUCACCAACUACUACUUCACCAGCUGCUAAAGUACCAACUACAACAGUACCAACUACUACAGUACCAACUACACCACCUACUACAACUACUACAGUACCAACUACUACUACACCAGCUACUACAGUACCAACUACUACACCAACUACUACUUCACCAGCUGCUAAAGUACCAACUACUACAGUACCAACUACUACAGUACCAACUACUACUACACCAGCUACUACAGUACCAACUACAACAGAACCAACUACUACGGUGCCAACUACUACACCAACUAUUACAGUACCAACUACUACACCAACUACUACAACACCAACUACUACAGUACCAACUACUACACCAACUACAACAGAACCAACUACUACAGUACCAACUACUACACAAACUACUACAGUACCAACUACUACAACACCAACUACUACAGUACCAACUACUACUACACCAGCUACUACAGUACCAACUACUACGGUGCCAACUACUACACCAAUUAUUACAGUACCAACUACUACACCAACUACUACAGUACCAACUACUACAACACCAACUACUACAGUACCAACUACUACAACACCAACUGCUACAGUACCAACUACUACACCAACUAUUAAAGUACCAACUACUACACCAACUACUACAGUACCAACAACUACACCAACUACUACAGUUCCAACUACUACAGUACCAACUACUACAACUACUACAGUACCAACUACUACUACACCAGCUACUACAGUACCAACUACUACACCAACUACUACGGUGCCAACUACUACACCAACUACUACAGUACCAACUACUACAGUGCCAACUACUACAACACCAACUACUACAGUACCAACUACUACAACACCAACUACUACACCAACUACAACAGAACCAACUACUACAGUACCAACUACUACAACACCAACUACUACAGUACCAACUACUACACCAGCUACUACACCAACUACUACGGUGCCAACUACUACACCAAUUAUUACAGUACCAACUACUACACCAACUACUACAGUACCAACUACUACAACACCAACUGCUACAGUACCAACUACUACACCAACUAUUACAGUACCAACUACUACAGUACCAACGACUACACAAACUACUACAGUACCAACUACUACAACACCAACUACUACUACACCAGCUACUACAGUACCAACUACUACACCAACUACAACAGAACCAACUACUACGGUGCCAACUACUACACCAAUUAUUACAGUACCAACUACUACAGUACCAACUACUACAGUACCAACUACUACACCAACUACUACAGUACCAACAACUACACCAACUACUACAGUUCCAACUACUACAGUACCAACUACUACAGUACCAACUACUACUACACCAGCUACUACAGUACCAACUACUACACCAACUACAACAGAACCAACUACUACUUCACCAGCUGCUAAAGUACCAACUACUACACCAACUACAACAGUACCAACUACUACACCAACUACUACAGUACAAACUACUACAACACCAACUACUACUUCACCAACUACUACAGAACCAACUAUUACUACACCAGCUACUACAGUACCAACUACAACAGAACCAACUACUACACCAACUAUUAUAGUACCAACUACUACAGUACCAACUACUACACCAACUACUACAUCAACUACAUAUUGUAUAGAGGCCACAUCAGGUUACCAUAACAACAUCUGUAAACCAUUUGGCUUUAAUUUAACGUCAUUUCCCAACUUUGGUGGCCACCAAUCAGAAGCAGAGGCUAGCCAGUUUGCAAAACUAUUGCUAGAUUAUUUCCUAUUUAUGGACUGUACAGUAAAUUCAAGCCCUGUACCUGUAUAUGUAAUGAUGUGCUCAAUUUUAACUCCCUCCUGUGAAGGAGGAAGAGUUAUACCACCAUGUUCAGAGCCAUGCUACGAUGUGGCCCUGACUUGUCGAUUACAGGAUAUUAUAGAAGAUGUCCUUCAACUGUGUAGCUCAUUUCCUUCUUACAAUAGUGGUCAACAAUGUAUACAUUAUUUGGAUCGAAUUCCUUCAAAUAUCACACCACCAGCCACAACAACUUCCCAAACAACAACACCAACAGCGACUACCACAGCACCAACUACAUCAACAUCAACUACUACAACACCAACUACUAACUGAAGUAAUUAAUUCUUGUCCUGAACAUGAAUAAAAUAUUUUCAACUGGACUUUAGCAACAAACAACUAAUCAAUCAAUUUUGUAACUGCUGUCAUAAAAGAUAUCUAUUUUUUAUGUGACGCAAUUAGUUGUGUUAAAUUGGUUUUAGAGUUCAAAAUUUUCAUAAAAGGGAAACUUUUUUUCGAAAAACACAAAGUAGAGGCUCUCGAGAACCAUAUCCGUCAACUAUUUCCUAUGUUCUAUAGUGGCGAUGUACAUUGAUCGACAGCUUCAUUGGAUUAAAACAAGACAUUUUAGGAUGAGUGUGACGAUUUGUUUAUAAAAGGGUUAUAGAUUUACAAAAAAAUGUCUUCAACCCUUGAUGCGUGUAAGUGUGCAUUUUUCUAAAAAAAAAAAACAUGAAGUCUUAAUGGUUCCUGAUUGAAUACACUCAUUUGAAAUUUUUCAACAAACUUGCCUACAAUGUCGUCUAAGAAAUCACGCCACAAAGAAACAAUCGCUGUCUCAGUUUAAGGGCAUACGAUACAGUUACAGGGGAGGUAAUGACGUUGCUAACGUAAAUUGUUAUUUUCGCGACGUCAAACUAUGACUUGUCGGGAAAAGAUUCAGUUUUCGACUGGUUUUUAUCAUUCAAAUUUAUCUAACUUGUAAACGAGUUCAGGACCCCUCUUUUAUAAAAUGCCAUUUGGUUUGAUUACGCGAGAAGAUUAUGUGUGCCAAUUUUCAUACCGUAAAUAGUGCAAUUUUUUUUAAUUUGAUAAAUAUGCAGCAAAUUUUUUUUUUUUAUGAAAAAUGGAUUUAUGAGUUUUGAACAGCGGUAUACUACUGUUGCCUUUAUUUAUUCUUUACCUUUCCCUCAAAUGUGUCCGAUUACCCCAAGCGCGUCCAUAUGACGUCAAUGAACUGCUAAAAUUUUAAUAUAAAAGGUCGCCAAAGCGUGUCAUUUUUAUUAACGCCUAAACGUCUCCAAUCCACCAAACGUGUCCAAAACAAGCUUUUUUUAUUUCUUUUACUGUAACUGUCAUGCAUUCGUGUCCAUGUAAUAAAUACGUAGGUUAUUUGGUUGUUGCUUUUUCAUUAACGUAUACUUAUUUUACCAUUUUAUUAGAAAAUAGAAAUAAAUUACUUUUAGGUCUUUUUAAACUGGCAGUGUAACCUGGUUGAACGUGGGGAAGGGCGGGGGAUGGAGGGGAGGGGUCAGUUUGACUAUAUAUAUUGUUACGAUUUAAUGAUCGUAUUAUUAAAUUAAUAGUACUCGUGUUCUUCAUAUUCUAUAGUAGUAAUUUUACGAGUUUUUUUUUACGUUUUCGCAUCGCUAUUUUUACGAUGGAAUGUCACCUCGUACAGAUUAUUUACGGUUGGUUGGCAGAUAUUUUAUUAUAAAUGAUGAGGUAAUGUGUUUACCUUAUUUGCUUACUGAUUUUCUUAAUGUAAUAACUUGUGUUUUAGUCGUAAUCAUCUAAAUCCCAGCAGUGCAAUCUAUACUAUUAAACGAGAAGACCUCAUUUUGUGUGUGGCUUCUCUUCUUUCCCCAAUAAAUUAAUCAACAUGCCUCUGUGUCCUAUAGGUACAGUGUAUAGUCGCAUUUGUCAUCCAUUCAUAUGAUUAUUCAGAUUGAGUUAUUUUGGGAGAAAAAGACAUCCGGAUAUUGUUUUCAUCAUUGGACAAAAUUUAAAGUCAGAUUAGACUUCUGGUUUGCGUUUUUCUGUAUACUUUGAACAUAAAAUAUACUACGAAUAAAGUGUAUUUUCAGAAUUCUAUCUGCUAUCAUUUUCAAGCUUACUAUCCACGGCGGUCACAGAGUUUAUUAAAUAGAGAGGGUCUGUAUGAUAUAUCAAUGACCACCGAUCGAUUAGUAAACUUUAUUUAUAUAGUAACGAAUGUUCAAAAUAUACAGGAUCAUACAGAUAAGUGCUAAAAUUAUUCAUGUAAACUUUUGAUACUUUUUCUGAAAUUCUCAAGUCAAAUUUUUUCCAAAAAAUAAUUGAUUACAAAAAAUAGAUGUGGUAUGAUUGCCAUGUUGAGACAACUUUCCACAAAAGACCAAAAUGACACAGAAAUUUACAACUAUAGGUCACCGUACGGCCUUCAACAACUAGCAAAACCCAUAUACCGCAUUGUCGGCUAUAAAAGGCCCCGAAAUUACAAUGUAAAACAUAUCCAAAAGAGAAAACUACCGGCCUUAUUUAUGUACAAAAAAAUGAACGAAAAACAAAUAUGUAAUACAUAAACAUAUUGGAUAUAACAUUAGACAAAUUCAAGAUAUCAUUGAUUUUGCAGAAAAAUUCAACAUAGAGGGAGCUCUUCUUUUCUUAGAUUUCUCUAAAGCCUUUGAUUCUUUAGAGUGGGAUUUCAUGUUUUUAGCUUUAAAAAAAUUUGGAUUCAAAAGUUCAAUGUUGAAAUGGAUUAAAGUUCUAUAUACUGAUAUUAAAAGCUCAGUUAUAAACAAUGGUUGGAUUUCAAAACCUAUAAGCAUUUUUCGUGGGAUUAGGCAAGGGUGCCCAUGCAGUGCGAUAAUUUUUGUAAUUGCUGUUGAAAUUUUAGCAUGUAGGAUCAGACAAGAUCAUGACCUCAAAGGCUUUGAAAUUAAACUUGAUGGCAAAACUCACACAUUAAAAAUUAGUCAACUAGCAGAUGAUACCACUCUUUUUCUUAGAACAAAACAAGACAUUUCAAAAGCACUUAAUAUGAUUGAAACAUUUGGAACAUUGUCAGGUUUGAAAUUAAACAGAAAUUAAACAGAGCUAAAACUGAGGGUGUUUGGCUUGGGAAGCAAAAAAACUGCAAAGAUAAACAUGAAAAUAUUAACUGGACAAAUAUACCUGUAAAAAGCCUAGGUAUAUAUUUUGGUCAUAAUAAAAAAGAGUGUCAAAGAUUAAAUGCUGAAAAACUUUUAGAAAAAUCAGCAAAAAUUAUUCUUAAUUGGAAAAAGAGAAACUUAACCAUGAUAGGAAGGAUAACAGUUACUAAAUCAUUAAUUAUUCCUAAUAUUACAUUUUUAGCAUCUGUCUCAACCAUAGAUAAAGAGUAUUUAAACCAGUUUAAAAAAAAAUAUAUGAAUUUUUAUGGAAUAACAAAACAGAAAAAGUUAAACGCUCCGUACUAAGUUACGACAAAUUAAAUGGGGGAUUAAAAAUGAUUAAUUUAGAGAAAUACAUAGAAACAAUAAAAAUAGGUUGGAUUAAAAGAUUAAAUGCAGAGCAAUUCUUAAACUGGACGGUAAUACCAAAAUUUUAUUUCAACAAAUUUGGAAAUAAUCUUAUAUUGCAAAUGAAUCUGGAUAGUAUAAAUUCAAUACCAGAUAUAAAAAAGCUACCAGAGUUUUAUCUUGAUAUAAUCAAAGUUUGGAUCAAGAACAAAAAUAAUAAUAAUAAAUACCCAAAAAUCUACAGACUAAUCCGCCAACAAGUUAUUUGGGGAAAUCAAUGGAUAAAAUUUCAAGAAAAAACAUUAUUAUUCCAAAACUGGAUAGAUAGAUAUAGGAAGAUGUGGUGUGAGUGCCAAUGAGACAACUCUCCAUCCAAAUAACAAUUUAAAAAUUAAACCAUUAUAGGUUAAAGUACGGCCUUCAACACGGAGCCUUGGCUCACACCGAACAACAAGCUAUAAAGGGCCCCAAAAUUACUAGUGUAAAACCAUUCAAACGAGAAAACCAACGGUAUAAUCUAUAUAAACAAACCGAGAAAC